AUGAGAGUUGCGGGAAGACGCAGGUUCGGGGAGGCCAGGCGUCAACACAAGUUGAUGCAGAGAUGGCAGAACGAAGAGGCACUGAGAUACCGGCAAAGGGUCUCGGCAUUGGCCAAUGGCCACAACCCUGUUUGGGCCUUUAGGCUUCAUCUACAGUGGUUGCCCGGCUUCCUGGCAAGUGGGAAUAUCCCACUGCAGGAGCGCAAGAUAGUGGCUGACAUUGCCGAAGAGACGGCCCAUUUCGCUAUCGAGCAAGCAGAGAGGCAUAAUCGCCUUCUCCGGAAAUGGGUAUGGGGUUACAAUACCCUUGGUGACCGACGAAGGCAUGAGCGCUUCGCUCAUUCGGCACACCGUGCCGCUAUCAAAUGGGUGGAGAUAGCUGACAAGUGGUCCCCUUCUCUCUAG